AUGAGUAAACUUAGACUGAAGGAAAACCAAGAAAAUUCUGAUGAUAGCAAAUAUUUGUUUACAUUUUCACGAGGAUGGAAUCAUGAUGAUAGAAUUGGAAUCCAUAUUUUAGAUGUUGAAAGUAGAGUCGAACAAAAAUAUUCCAUAAAGUUUCCGAGACAGACAUUAUUUAUGCCUUCUAUAGUUCGUCUGCCAAAUAAUGAAUUAGCAUGCUUUGGCUGCUUUGUAUCAGCUACUUAUACUAAUGGUGUCCUAUACAGAGAUAAUAUUGAAAGUUUUAUAUGCAUUAUUAAUUCAUUGACAAUGAAAAUAACAAGAAAGCUCACUUUUCCUGGAAGGCAUCGUGCAGGAUGUACGACUGUGUUCAUAAAGGGCUAUGUUUAUAUCAUUUGCCUGCCUCAUAAUGAUACCAUUUAUACUUUAUUGAAAUAUGAUUUAAGCAGAAAUAGUUUAAAAAAGCUAGCUCGGCUAAAGCUAGGGAGUUAUUCGUUAAAUCUUCUUAGCUUUGAAGACAAUAUAUUGAUAGGAUCUAAUGAUCGGAAUGCUUAUAUAUAUGAUUUAUACUCAAAUAGCUAUUCAGAAAUACCUUUAAUAGCGUUUUAUGGGCAUAAGGUAUUUAUUUCUUCAAAAGGAAGAGCAUAUUAUUUAGAAUUUGAAGGAUUCAUUUAUGAAAGCGGCUUUAAGAAUCCUUAUAUUUGGAAUAAAGUUAAAGAUUUUAGCCCAAAAUAUAAAAUAAAUAAUAUAAUCGAUGUGACAUGAGUGUAUUAUAAUGGCUUGAUAUUUCUAAGAAAUUGUAUAAAGACUAUGAAAGGAUAUGAACCAGAAGAAUUUUAUCUAGAGUUCAACUUAGACUGUAAGGAUAUUCAAAGAAUAGACAUUAGCAAGAAAAAAUGCAAUUUGUUUUAA